AUGCCUUCUGUUCGCUCGCCUCUCCGCUGCAAGAAGCCGACGGUGAAGUCCAUCACGGGUGUUAUGUAUGCCUGCGACGGACGACAGCCAGCCUUGGUCCAUGUGCCCACCGCCAUCCACUCUACCCGUGAUGGACUCGACAACCCCAGCUUCCCGUCGUUCGAAGCUAUCCUCGGAGCAGACGGUGAACUGCACGAGACCUGGAUCACCUGCCUGGAUGCCGUCGGGCGUGAGCAUCGCUUCCUUAUUGCUGCGCACUACUGCUCCGACUGCGAGGUCAACGCCUCCCUCAAGCUUGUCCUACCCGAAGUCGACUGGCGCGGCGGCUUGGUCGUUAUGCGUGGCGGAUGCCGGUCCUUUGUAGUGAACAUGGGCGGUACCGUUUUCAAGAAGCUCGCUCACGCCGCGGUGCAAAAGUACCUCUUCGAGACGGCUCACCUGGUUGCCGCCUCAGUCCAGCAGAAUAUCCCCUUGGUAAUCCCGGUAGAUCUGUAA